GUGUUUACUUUGCACCUGCUAACAAGUGUUUUCGUUGGGGCGGGGAAAUGUUUUGUGUAUGUGAGUGAAAAUGAACACGAUGAACCGUUUUCAGUUGCACUUUGUAGGGGCGGUGGUACUUUGACUAUACACAUCUCGGUAUCUUCUGUUGCUAGUCAAGGGAGAAAAAUGUGGCGGUCACAUUACACUGCGUUUUUUGUAGUCGUUUACUUAAUUUUUACGUGCACAAACUGUGGUGAGAUAGACCCUGCAUCAUCAGUGGUUUGGGGACCCGGUUUAUCACCCGAUCUCAUCGUUAUGCCAGCUCGGUAUUUCUUUAUUCAUGCUAUGGAUUCUAAUAAAACGAGGUUUCAGUCUUCCCAAGGAGAUGUUUUCUCAGUUGAUAUAACUGGAGAUUCAGAAUUCAAAUAUUGUCGGGUUUGGGUUAAUAUACUUGAUAGGAAAGAUGGGAGCUACAUUGUGAGAUACAAACUGUAUCAUACUUGCUUAAAUUUGAAAAUAAGUGUAAAAUACAAAGGCAGAAAUGUUGCAUCAUCACCAUACGCAUUCAAAGGGCCCAUCUUUGCUGAGGACUGUUACUGUCCAGUUGAAUCUAUUUCUGAGUGGUUAACCAAGUUUGGCUGUCAAAGAGAAUAUGAACAGAUUACAGAAGAUCUUAAGCCAUUUCCUAAUGUGAAUCUCACUGAAGUCAGAAGAAGCAUUCUUAAAAAGUAUGACAGUCCAGGCAGCACUAGCCUCUGUAACUAUGUCAUUAAAGAUAAUGAGAUAUACAGAAAAUGUUAUGGCAAAUAUGUUGGUUUCAAGAUGUUCAUGGAUGCCAUAUUAUUAUCUUUGGCACGUAAAGUAGUUCUUCCAGAUCUGGAAUUUUUCAUGAACCUAGGAGACUGGCCACUUGUCAGCACUGAAAAGGGUCCGAAAGUGCCAGUAUUUUCUUGGUGUGGUUCUGACGAUACAAUGGAUAUUGUUUUACCUACUUAUGAUAUUACUGAGGCAACACUGGAAUGCAUGGGCAGAGUGAUGUUAGAUAUGCUGUCCGUCCAAGGAAAUAUUGAUAAAAAAUGGGAAGAAAAAACUGAAAAAGCUUUCUGGAGAGGAAGAGAUUCUCGCCGAGAAAGACUCAAGUUAAUAGAAAUUGCUCGAAAAAAUCCUGAUUUAUUUAAUGCAUCACUUACAAAUUUUUUCUUCUUCAAAGAAGAAGAGAAAGAAUAUGGUCCAAAAGAAAAGCAUAUAUCAUUCUUUAAGUUCUUUGAUUAUAAGUAUCAAAUAAACAUUGAUGGGACUGUAGCAGCUUACAGAUUUCCCUACUUGCUGGCAGGUGACUCCCUUGUUUUCAAGCAAGAUUCAAAGUAUUAUGAACACUUUUACAAUCAACUAGAGGCUUGGAAACAUUAUAUACCUUUAGAUGCUGACCUUAGCAAUAUAGUAGAACAAAUAAUAUGGGCGAAGAAACAUGAUGCUGCUGCAAGAGCCAUAGCAGAAAGAGGUCAACAGUUUGCAAGAUCCAAUUUGAUGCCACAAGAUAUAUUUUGUUAUCAUGCUACCUUGCUUAAGAACUGGUCUCACCGUGUGAUUAGUGAAGUUAAAGUACUAGAUGGUAUGGAACAUGUUCCACAGCCAGUUCCAGACAAACCACAUGAAGAUUGCCAGUGUGAUAAACUAUCAGCUAAGCAAAGUCAAGGAGAUGACAAGGACUUGAGAAAUAAGGAAGAGCUGUAGUUGAAGAAAAACAUGUUCCUUACUUUUAAUAUUAACAAUACCGUAUUAUUUAAUUUCAUAUCUGUGUAUGUUACCAAUUUAUGAAUACAGUUUUGGCAAGAUGAGUGAAGUACAUUUUUGUCUCCCCUCUGUAUCGCAUGGUUUGUAAGUUUCACACAUGUUGCCUUUUCUUACUAUUUGCUGAAUGUAGUGAUUCUAAUGGAAGGGGCUGCAUGAAACCAUCUAGAACUGAAAUAAGUGAUGUGCCUGCACUAUGCAUUUUUCUCUGUUUCGUAAUUGAAAGGAAGUAAUAUAUCAAUACUUCCUCAAAUAUUAGAUUUUACUAGUGAACAAUUAAAAAAGCUACAUGGGCUGUAAAAGAGGAAUUUGUAAUGAAUUGCACUGUUAUUCAAAGUA